AUGAAGCUCGUCCUCCUCCUCACCGCCUUCACCCUUGCCGUCGCCACACCUGUCCCCGAGGACCUCGACGUCCGAGCCCCGGACGCUGACGCCGACACCUCCAUCCCAUCGUCGCAGUGGCACGUCCGCCCCGUCCCCGGCAAAUGCAGCCCAAUCUAUUGCAUCCGCGCGCCGUGUCUUUCGAGCUGCUGCCCCAACCAAAAGCAGUACUGCCCGUGGGGCUUCAGCUGCUACGGCUCGCCGCCCAAGUGCUGCCCGCCCGGCUGGUGGUGCGACGCGCCAAAUGGCCCCAUCAACUGCCGCGUGAAUCAGUGCUAG